UGCGUGCUCGCUGUGUCGGGGUUGUCCGGGAGCAGCAAGUGUGUGUGCGUGGGCCGGGAGCCCGCGCGUGUCCCUGCAGCGGGUCUGCGCCCGCGGCCGGGGUGCGGCUAGUGGAGCGGAGCGUGCGGAACCGAGUGUGCGGGAGGCGGUGGCGGGGCGAUCCAGGAGGAGGCCGGCUGGGCGAGGAGGAAGGAUGCGGGCCGGGAACUUUUCGGCCGCUCUGGAAGUGCGAGCUGUGGCGCCCGAAGGGGCUCCCCCCGGCCGCCGGGCGAGAGGCGAGCGCGUGUGCCCGCCGCCACCCCUCCCCCACUUCCGCCUCCCGCCUCUUCCUCGUUCCCGGCUCCCAGGGCCCGUGCGUCCCAGGGGAGACCCAGCGGCGCAGCCCCACCCCGGCCGGCGCGGCUUGCUCCCACGCCCCCGCCGCCGUCCCUCCUGAGCGGACGGAUCGAGGCAGCGUGUGCGCCGGCGCGGCAGGAGCUGACAUGGACCCAAAUCCUCGGGCUACCCUGGAGCGCCAGCAGCUCCGCCUGCGGGAGCGGCAGAAAUUCUUUGAGGACAUUUUACAGCCAGAGACUGAGUUUGUCUUCCCCCUGUCCCACCUGCAUCUCGAGGCACAGAGACCCCCCAUAGGUAGUAUCUCAUCCAUGGAAGUGAAUGUGGACACACUGGAGCAAGUGGAACUUAUUGACCUUGGGGAUCAGGAUGGAGCAGAUGUGUUCUUGCCUUGCGAAGAUCCUCCACCAACCCCCCAGACGGCUGGGCUGGAGGACCAUCCAGAGGAGCUGAGCCUGCCAGUGCCCACGCCAGACAGAACCACAUCCCGCACUUCCUCCUCGUCUUCUGACUCUUCCACCAACUUGCACAGCCCAAACCCCAGUGACGGCGGAGCAGACACGCCCUUGGCACAGUCUGAUGAGGAGGAGGGUGGGGGUGAUGGAGGGGCAGAGCCUGGACCCUGCAGCUAGCAGUGGGCCCCCACCUAUGGACUGACCGAGCUGGCUAUUCUCCACAUGAGACCCUAGGCCCAGCCAGGGCCCUUCAGAGAAGACCAGACUCUGCUUGUAGUAGGCACCACCGGGAGGAAGGGAUGGCAGGGUGGUGCGCCUCCCUGGGAACUAACCCUCUCCUGGCUUUCCUGCUAACCUUGUCCCGCUGCAACCCUGCCACCAGUCUUUGGCUUACUCCUGAGGUAGAGCUUGCGUGCAAGGAAAUGGAGAGGAGGUAGGACGAGAUGCCACUGCUUUUCUUAGCACUCCUUCCCCCCAAACUUCCCUGCAGCCUUUUAACAGAGUCUCCUACACAACCAGUGUCUCUAAAUGGACGUGAACUCCUAGCGCUCAAGUGGGGUGGGACUCCAGCCACCCUGCUCCCUUCCAUUCUAUUUUGGAACAGGGCACGGUAUAGAUAAUAAACAAAUGAUAAUAUAC